CUCUUUUUUUUUUUUUUUUUAACAAAAACCAAACUUAUUUCUCAAAUAACCGAUUUUGGGAUCGGAAGCAAAGCAUAUGUCUUUCUUGCAUACCAAAAAAGAAUCAAUUUUUCUUUAAUUUUUAGAGAAUGAGUUAUCAUCAAGUUAAAAAAUAAGAUUAAAAAUCUUUAACUUCAAAAACCCUUCUGCAAAGUCACUUGUAAAUCAUUCAUCAAAAGUAGUACUUAUCAAUCUCAACCUUGAAAUUAUUAUAUUUGUAAACCAAACCAAAAAGAUCUGCAUAGAUAAUAAUCGGGAUCGUCAUUCAUCUUUUUAUAAUUUGUAAACCCCACCUGCUGCUAUAGUUUUCAAGAAUCAAACCCUGAUUAUAAAACUCUACUUUUGGUAAUGGUUGUUGACCAGUGUCCAUACCCACCAAUCACAUUUCUCCAACUCUACGUGUGAGAAGAAAACUCUCGGAAAACGAAACAAGAAACAGAGGUAUUAUUAUGGGGUUUCUUUCCAACAGAGUUGAAAGAAGUGAGAUCAAAGCAGGCGAUCAUAUCUACACUUACAGAGCUGUCUUUGCUUACUCUCAUCAUGGGAUAUAUGUUGGAGGUAAUAAAGUGGUUCAUUUCACCCAUUUUAGAUCUGAUGAUGGUGAGACUAGUUGGAACAUCAACACUCCCUCCGAAUCAUAUGAUGAAAUGACUAAAAUACCCUUGUCGUGUUCCAAGUAUCCGGACUGUGGUUUCCGACAACCUAAAAGUGGAGUUGUUCUGUCCUGUUUGGACUGUUUUUUAAGGGAUGGUGCUCUCUACGCCUUUGAGUACGCUGUAAACCCGACUGUUUUUAUCGCGAAAGUACGAGGUGGCACUUGCACGACCGCCACAUCAGACGACCCCGACACUGUCAUCCACCGAGCGAUGUAUCUGCUUCAAACCGGAUUUGGGAACUACGAUGUGUUUCAGAACAACUGUGAGGAUUUCGCUUUGUACUGCAAGACUGGGAUACUGACAGUCGAUAAGUUGGGAAUCGGAAGAAGUGGACAGGCUUCUUCGGUGAUCGGUGCACCGUUAGCGGCUCUUCUGUCGUCCCCUUUGAAGUUGUUGAUCCCGAGCCCUGUGGGUAUCGCUACGGUGACAGCUGGCAUGUAUUGCAUGAGCAGAUACGCUACGGAUAUUGGAGUUAGAACCGAUGUUGUCAAAGUUGCUGUCGAGGAUUUGGCUGUGAAUCUUUCCUGGAUGGAUGGUUUAAAAGAAGCGUUUGACAAUAACGAAGCUUCAAGUUCGAACGAUAAUAAGGUAAAGAAAUCAUCUUGAUCGUUAACCGAACAUUACUACAUUUGCAGAUUUGAUCCAUGAUUGGUAUGAAGUUUAUUUGCUUUUUUUGUUUCUUUGUGGACAUUGAGAACUUAUGCUAUUAUCUAUGGUGAAAUGUGACAUAUGAAGAUGAAAUUUCUGUUAAAAAAA